AUGUUUACAUAUGAAGAGUUGUUGAUGUAUAAGAAUUGUUUCGGAUUAAGCAUCCUUGGUUUCAGAAUGGAAGACAAAGAUCGUUGUGAGACUUCCAAUGUUGAUACUCUAGCGGAAUCUCGUUCCCUGGAUUUGAACAUACCCAAAUGCAAGCGUUACUCAGACAUGGAUCUUCAGUCAGAUAGGAAACACCGUAAACUAGUUGAGAAAGAGAACAUGGAUACUACGAGAAAAGAGCCUUCCAUAACGUAUAGCGGUACAGGCAGAAAUUUAAUUGGGAGAUUAUCAAAGAUAGAAGGAGAGCAGCAAUUUAAGCUAAUAAAAUCUAAUAGAAUCAUAGAAAAUAAGUUGGACGAAGUUCAACAUUUGAAGAAUCGUAUAAUGACCCUAAAAACUCAGCGGGCAAAUCAAGAAUUUGAGAACUUUAAGAUUGAAAGUGAAAUUAUUAAGCUGAAAGAGCAGUUAGCAUUAGCUGAUGGACAAAUAGAAGAAUUAAAACAUCAUGAGCUGACAUCAUUACAGUGUUUACAAGACAAAUAUGAGUUAGUCUCAAAGCAAUUGAAGGUUGAGCAUCAAGAAAGGUUAGACAAGUUGAAAGAAGAUAUUUCUUUUCAGAUUGAGAGAGUGAUACAAGAGAAUAUUACCAACUUUCAGUCUGAUAGAAGAGCAUUGUCCAAAGAAUGUGAAGACAUUUCCAAAGAGAUUAAAGCGCAUGAACAGGACUUGAAUAGAAAAUUAAUUAAGCUAAAAGAAGAUAAUAAUAAAAAAUUAAUCCAGCUGAACAAAUCUUUGGAUGACUCAAUUAACGAAUUGAAAGCGGAAACUCAAAGAACGAUCGAGGAAAAGCAAGAGACUUUGGAACAAUUUGAGAGCUUGAAACAAAGUCUAUCUACUUCUUUCGAGAAUUCUAACUCUGAAUUAUCUUCAAAACUUUCUAAUUUGAAGGCUAACUUUGAAUCAAAAGAGCAAGAAUUAGGCACCUUGCGGCGCAAGAUUGAAUCCACAACAUGUUUAAUUCAUGAUAUGAAAAAUACCUGGCAGGCGAGUGCAAGGGAAAUCGAAACGUAUAAUAAUAAGACUAGAGAGCUUAACAAAUUCUUAGAAGAUCAGGAAUCUGAAAGAAGGCUUCUUCAUGACAAGCUUCAAAAUUUGAAAGGCAAUAUUCGUGUCUUCUGUCGUAUAAAGCCGCCUCCGAAUGGUGAAGAAAUAGCGGCAAUAGAUUUCCCUGAAGACGAAAUAAACCUUGAUUCCAACCAAGAGCUUCUGAUUUCGAAAGGUUCCCCUGAUUCGAGUUCGUAUUCUGGUCGAACUGUCCAGUCAUAUAAAUUUCAAUUUGAUAAAGUUUUCCUGUCGACACUGGGAAAUGAUGUCGUUUUUGAAGAGCUCUCACAGCUAAUUCAGUGUUCUUUAGAUGGAAGGAAUGUGUGCGUAUUUGCAUAUGGCCAGACUGGUUCUGGUAAAACAUUUACGAUGUCAAAUCCAAAUAAUGGUAUGAUCCCAUUAUCUAUAAAUAAGAUAUUUGACGAUAUUGAAGAUCUUAAGCUAAAGAAUUGGGCGUAUCGUGUUGAGGGGCAGAUUGUUGAAAUCUACAACGAAACUGUUAUUGAUCUUUUGGGACCUUCAAGCGCAAACCUAAAACAUGAAAUCAAACAUGAUGAUUUAAACAAGAGAACUACAAUUACUAACGUGACAUCUAUCGAAAUAGGUUCCAAAGAAAAAGCAAGGCAAAUCUUAGAAAAAGCACUGAGGAGCAGGUCUACGGCAGCCACUAGAUCCAACGAACGUUCCUCGAGGUCACAUUCAAUUUUUACUUUAAGAAUAUACGGUGAGAACACAAGAACAUCAGAGAAAUGUGAAGGCACAUUGAACUUAAUUGACUUAGCAGGCUCAGAAAGAUUAUCAAAUUCACAGGCCAAAGGAGAAAGAUUGAAAGAGACUCAAGCUAUCAACAAAUCACUUUCUUGCCUUGGUGAUGUCAUCUAUGCUUUGGGUCAACAGCAGUCUCACCUGCAAGUACAGCAGCACAUUCCUUAUCGAAAUUCUAAGUUAACUUAUUUGCUUAAACAUAGUCUUGGAGGUAUGUCAAAAACUUUGAUGUUUGUCAACAUUUCACCUUUAUUGCGAGAUUUCUCUGAAACAGUUAAUUCUUUGAGAUUCGCAACCAAGGUAAAUACUACAAAGUUAGCUCUGAGUCAAGGUUCUACGUAA